AUGAACGUAGCGUUCUCGUCGCAGUUGCCACCCAAACACAUGCGAUUACCCAGAAAUGCCUUUAGAUCGAUAGGGCUUUCUCCUGGUGGAUCUGUGCGCGUUGAUCUCAUGGCUGAGGACGAGUUAUGCGCGCACUUGAUUUGUUUUCCAUCUUGCGAUAUCGACGAAAACACUGUCGUAUUGCCUGAUUGGAUUGACAAGAAUUUUCACGUAAAAGGUGACCAGAUUACAAUCAAAGCCGCUGAUAAUUCAAAAGCUAGAGUUGCCCAUAGUUUGCAAGUAAGAAAAGUAUUUGGCAACGUUUGGCUGCCGCCAACGGAGGUACUUCUUGAUGCUCGAAAACGUGCUUUACCGAGAGCGAAGAGUAUAAACGAUUGGGAAAAUUUGGUGGCAAGGAAUUUGGGGAAAUGUUUUUUAUCACUGAAUGCUGUCUUUGCCGUGCAUAUCUGUGGUGAACUCUGCAUAUUCAAAAUUGAACGUAUAGAAAUUGAUGGGUUGCCGAUGACCAAAGAAGACGCUGUCAGAAACGAUGCAGAAAAUACACGAAUAGAAAUACUUCCUGAACUAGUUUUUACUGAGAAUGUCCCAAUGACUAGAGGACUCGGAAAAGAAACAGAAGAACUACGCCGGCUGAUCGAUGAUUCUUUCUCUAACUUCGAUAUCCAUAGUAAACUCAACAUACCAAUCACUCGAUCCGUAAUGAUUUCCGGCCCUCGAGGCGCAGGAAAAUCUCUUCUUAUUCACAGAAACGUAUGUCAGAAAAUCCAAGCACAGCUAUUUGAAAUAUCACUUGCAUCGGUUGUCAGCCAAAUCCGUGAUCAGACGGAAUUUUUAGAAAAUAACUUGAUCAAAUGGACUUUUACUAAAGCUAUUUUGUCAGCUCCAAGCGUUAUUGUGAUCGAAGGAUUCGACUUACUGUGCAAUGAAAAUGAUUGGAAGUCUCUUGUUAUCAAAAUGAUGUCGUGCGAAAUGCAAGAGCUUGAAGAAGAAUCCAAGGUCUUUGUCAUAGGCGUUACCAACGACUUGAACAAGUUACCAGCCACGUUUCGCAACGGAGAACUGUUUCAAAGUAAUCUUACUAUCACUGCGCCAACAAGACGCAGCCGAGAAGAAAUAUUGCAUAUUUAUCUUUCAAAGCUAAAAUUCGGAGACCAGACACAAGUUAAUGACUUUGCUAAAAGAUUAUCUCAGCGUACAUCAGGCUUUGUUGGUCGCGACUUGAUGCGGUUGUGUCGUUCGGCCGCCUUGCACUCGCUAAGAAGAUGUGAGGAACAACAGCAAGAUAUUGACAUCGCCGACCUACUUGCAAAAUUGAGUAUGUCUGAAUCUUCUACUAAUGAUUCGCGAGAGGUGGUUUGGGAGGACUUUGAAUAUGCAUUGGAGAUUGUCAAACCGUCUCAGAAAAUUGUGUUCGAGUCUAGUAUUCCAUCUAAACUAUGGGACGAAAUUGGAGGAUACGAAGCAAUAAAGCGCCGCAUCAAUCAAAUACUUGACUGGCCAUUAUCACAUCCGGAAACAUAUGAAAGACUUGGCAUCAAACCACCUGCAGGGUUAUUGUUACAUGGACCUUCAGGUUGCGGAAAGACAAUUCUCGUUCAGGCAGCCGUGACGACAUUGUCUGCGAAUUCGAUUACCAUCAAAGGGCCAGAAUUAUUUUCCAAAUAUCUGGGUGAGACUGAAGCUGCAAUUCGACGGUUAUUUGCCACGGCAAAACAAAUUGCGCCUUGCUUGAUUUUCUUUGACGAGAUGGAUUCUAUUGCGAGUAAACGCGAAUGGGAUAAUGAUGGAACAAGCGGAGUGAAUGAACGUGUAUUGAGCACCUUACUUAAUGAAAUGGAUGGAAUUCAAGAACGAAAGGACGUAUUGAUUGUCGGAUGUACUAAUCGACCAGAUCAGAUUGAUGAUGCAUUACUUCGACCAGGACGAUUGGAUCAACUUCUUUACGUAGGCUUGCCCUCGUUGGAUGACCGCGAGUCUAUUAUCCGCGUAAUUUCGAAACAUAUUCCACUAGACGUUGAUGUGGAUAUUAAAAAUUUGGCUGCUAGAACCGAUGCCUUUACAGGUGCUGAACUGGAACUAUUAUUUCGAGAAUCAGCAGUUCUUGCAUUGAGAGAAGAUAUUAAAAUCCAGCGAGUUUCAUAUAAACAUGUCGAACCGGUAUUACUUAGAAUGAAGAAGACAGUUGUGGAAAGGAUUUCAACCGAUGAUGGUACAUUGGAUUUAUCAAGUUGA